ACAAAGGUGUCACGCGACUGCUAGUUUGCCGUCAUCACUGCCUUGUAGAUAACGACACAAACAGCCGUGCAUACACACUGCCCUUCGUCAUGUUGCAUGGGUUUAGGGUCAUCUGAUCAGUUUCGAGAAGGGACUCGAGCUAGCUGCUGAUGGCUAUAACGAUAUCGAUUGCACGUCCGUUCCAUAACCUAAAAUUUAAUGGAUUACCGGUAAAGCCAAGGUAAAGCUCGAACUGAAGACGUCUCAAGAAGCCAACGGAUAGGCUGCUUUGGCAUUCUUUGAGAGAAGACUGCGUCGGAGGCACAGAGACACAUGUGUGCUUCACGCCGCACACGUUGCACAAAGGCACUCAAGCUCAAGUCUGUGGUGGCACGUUGUACUGAACUUGAUGUGAGCUUGGAGCCGCCCACAAGCGGAGCGCUCCUCAUAUCAAACGCUAUCACCCGCGAUCACCAGGACCCAGAACGUAUGCGAUUAAGGCUCACAAUCUACUGCAUGGAUGUAAAAGGACUCACAGGAGAAGGGAUUCCUCUAGCCAUUUUUAUGCUCUCUCACCGUGAUUCGCCAUCUUUUAGGACCUUUUCCUUUCUUCUCUUGUUUUCAGGACUGUUGACAACAAUCUUCCGCACUCGGAGUCGGAUCUGUGUGGAUGAACUAGAUCAAGCGCCAAAACAGGCGCGGGUAGACGCAACUGUGUCGCAGGCAACAGAUUCACAUAGUGGUGUAUGGCUGAGUUGCUGUAUUGCAUUGGCUGUGCAAGGAAAUAUAAGUAUAAAUGCCUCUACUUUACUAUGUAAUGCUGCCUUGUCUACUUGCCUACAACCUCCUCCACUCACUGCUCGAAGUGUUGACACUAUGACAGAAACAAAAACCUGGGUCAGCAUAUUACAGCUUGCCUCUACUGUUGGAGAAAUUGCGGCCUUUCCGCAUAUCGGAGGUGUUGCUACCUGCGUGAUAGCGUUCCUUGAGGUCAUUCAGACUGCAGAACAGAAUGACGAAGAUAUUCAAGAACUUAUGCAGAACACGAAAGCUACUAUGGAUGUAGUCAUAAAGAUCGCUGAAGCACAUGAGGCUGGCACGAGUGCUCCUCAUUUCUGUGAAGCCCUGAAAGAUCGUCUAGAGGAUGUGUUGAAAGAAAUACAGGAGAAGCAUCUAAAAGCGAGCGGACUUAAACGUUACUUCAAGGCGAGGAAUGUCUCUAGCGCCAUUGUCAACUCCAAGCAACAGGUACAAAGAAUUAAAGAGGAUUUCAUAAUUGGCGUUGCGACCGAUUCUCGGUUCGCCAUUGCAGACUUUGAGAAUGGACUUAAAGAUAAAGUUGUUUGCCUUGAGAACAAGCUGACUGCCCUCGAAAAUAAAUUGAACGCCAGCACUAUUUCUAUGAUGCCAUCCAUACACUUGGAAUCUCACAGAACGAGAGAAUGGAAACAAUUUUAUCAUCUAUCACCGACUUACAGACCCAGCGUUCCUACAAUAAUAAAGGACGGGUGAGAACGUUAUCUUGUGAUUGCGUACAAUCAUGAAACCUUUCAAAUCUCUAGGUAGGAAGCUCCUGGUUGGCUGGACGGUCGAUAACAGAAACCUUUCUGAAUCCUAUGAUUACACGAUUACUGGGGCCAAAUGUGCUUACGCGUGUUGAUAGCCUUUCAUCAGAAACUGUAAUCGCAGUGAGCUUUUU